AUCGUUUCCAGCUGCAGGCCUGAAUCCCUCUUCAACCUUCUACUUUCCGGAGGGGCACCUUCAACCAGUUCCGCGGUGCACUGGCAGUGGCUUUUUCUUUAUUGUAGAGUGGAAAUAUCUCUGAAACAUAGACAAAAUGUCCUUUCUCACAGUCAGCAGGCUAGCACCCAAACUUCUCAAUUCAAAGAAUGCCACUUUGUUAUUUGUGGCUGCCAGAAAUGCAAGCGCAUCCACAACAAAUCUGAAGGAUGUUCUGGCAGACCUCAUCCCUAAAGAACAAACUAGGAUCAAGAACUUUAAGCAGCAGCAUGGGAAAACCAACAUAGGCCAGAUUACUGUAGAUAUGGUCUAUGGAGGCAUGAGGGGGAUGAAGGGUCUGGUGUAUGAAACCUCUGUGUUGGAUCCUGAUGAGGGAAUCCGCUUCAGGGGAUACAGCAUCCCAGAGUGUCAGAAGUUGUUGCCCAAAGCUCCAGGAGGCGAGGAGCCUCUGCCUGAGGGUCUCUUCUGGCUGCUGGUCACUGGACAGGUCCCUAGUGAGGAGCAGGUCAAUUGGGUGUCCAAAGAGUGGGCGAAGAGAGCGGCGCUCCCCUCUCACGUUGUCACCAUGCUGGACAAUUUCCCCACAAACUUGCACCCCAUGUCUCAGUUCAGUGCUGCCAUCACGGCUCUGAACAGUGAGAGCAGCUUUGCACGAGCGUACUCUGAGGGAGUCCACAAGUCCAAGUACUGGGAGUACGUCUAUGAAGACUCAAUGGAUUUGAUUGCUAAGCUGCCCUGCAUUGCUGCCAAGAUCUACCGCAACUUGUACCGCGAAGGCAGCAGCAUUGGAGCCAUCGACUCCAACCUGGACUGGUCUCAUAACUUCACCAACAUGCUGGGCUACAACGACGCGAAGUUCACUGAGCUGAUGAGGCUCUACCUCACCAUUCACAGUGACCAUGAAGGCGGCAAUGUCAGCGCACACACAAGCCACCUGGUAGGGAGCGCCCUGUCUGAUCCCUAUCUGUCCUUCAGCGCCGCCAUGAAUGGUCUGGCCGGUCCUCUCCACGGCCUGGCCAAUCAGGAGGUGCUGGUGUGGCUGACCGCUCUGCAGAAGGAGCUGGGAGGAGAAGUUUCUGACGAAAAGAUGAGGGACUACAUCUGGAACACCCUCAAGUCUGGAAGGGUGGUGCCGGGCUACGGCCAUGCUGUUCUGAGAAAGACCGACCCGCGCUACACUUGUCAGCGCGAGUUUGCCCUGAAGCAUCUGCCCAAUGACCCCAUGUUUAAACUGGUCGCCCAGCUUUACAAGAUUGUACCCAAUGUGCUGCUGGAGCAGGGGAAGGCGAAGAACCCCUGGCCCAACGUAGACGCUCACAGUGGCGUUCUCCUGCAGUACUAUGGAAUGACGGAGAUGAACUACUACACUGUCCUUUUCGGCGUUUCUCGCGCCCUCGGCGUCCUGGCUCAGCUCGUGUGGAGUAGAGCGCUGGGCUUCCCCCUGGAGCGUCCCAAGUCCAUGAGCACGGAUGGACUGAUGUCUCUGGUUGGAGCCAAGUCGGGUUGAGAGGAGCCGGGCGUUUAGUGAGCAGGGUAGGAAGAUUUGGAAACAUCAGAAGGCAGACAUCAGUUGACCCAACGUCAUUUUUCCAACCCAAGGGAUUUAACGGGAUUCAGUAUGCUUUUAAUGUUAAGUCACUAAAGAAGGGCCUUUUAAUUUGUCACACCCUUAGCGAUGAAGUGUGUUACUGACGAGAUGUCCCGUCACUUCUGCACAUUUGAAACCUGAGUGGAGCAAACUUCAAACACAUACAUUUAACCUUGGGUAGGCUCAAGCUACGCCUGCGUGUUUCCCAUCAAACAUUGACGUAUGAGUAAGCAGAGAGGCGUUCAAAGGGAAUUGUGGAAGUGAACUAAAUGCCAUUUAAAAACAAAAAAGAUACUAAACAUUUACUGCUUUUGGCUGAUUUUGUUUUUUUUUCUAAAGUCUCUAAAAAAAACUACUUAAGUUUCUUCUAUGCAAUCAAAUCUCAUCCGUUUAUUUCACUCCCACUAAAUAACACUCCAGCUUCAAAAUAAAAUUAAGAAGGUCCUGACAGUCUGAUUAAAACAAAUGAGCUUAAAAGAUACUGCCCCUUUAAAUCUGCAAUCUCCUUUUUUCGUCUAAUAGUUGACCUGUAUUUACCUCUACGAUCAAAAUAACUCGUUUGUGUCCUUUAGCUCAUUUUUCCUUUUAUUUUUAUGGAGUUUUGAAAGGUCUUACGAGGACUGAAAAUGAUGCAAUGCUAAUUUAGCCGACGGGUGUUUGGAAUCGGCAGCCCGCGUGAUCUUACAGAGCAAGCUUGGAUGUAAGGUGGUGAUCAGGGGAGGGGUUCACUUGUAUUCUUGCAUAGGUUUGACUUCACCCCCACAGCAGAGCUUUCUCUAAACAUGGUCUACUCCACAGCAAGCACUUGGCUUGAUUUGGUUUCCCACCUUGUAGCAGAUGAAUGACCCCCUCCCUGGUUGAUUUUAUUUUGAAGGGGUGUUUAAUAUGUAUAAAAAUGAUACUUUGGGUUCUCAAGUUGUGGUUUUAUUUAUACUUUGUGUACAUAGGUAUAUAUAUGUAUAGCUUGAAUGUAUGAGCUCAAUGUGAUCAUUUGCUUGUAAGAACCACAGUGAGUUCCUCAGUCGGUUUAGUUCGGUCCACGUUUUCUGUAAAGAUCAGUCUCACUGGUUGCUGUGUAUUUCUGACAAUGAACAAAACAAUAAGCUGCAGCUAUUUUGUAAAUACACAGUUUCUUGCUAAGCUGGUGCAGUUUUAUUUUUGUUUUUUCCAGGGGAUUCCCUUGAAUGUUUCAAGCUUGCUCUUAAGUUCUGGGUUUGUCAAACACUCCAUGUUUGUAGUUUGGAUUCCAGCUUGAUUUGAGUUUGUUUUUCCAUUCGAUUACUUUCACUGUUAAGCGUGUCAGACGUAUGUUUUGAUUCCCACCUGUUUCAUCAUGUCGUUCUGCGCUUUAAACUCUUCAGGGGAUGUUGUUUUGAUUGUAGAGGAGGAUAGAGGUUGUAUAUAACUAGAAAAAAAAAAAAAAAAAAAGUCAAUGCAGAUGAUUUAAUCAGACUAUUGUGGAGGGUGACUGGGCCGGAUGGGUCAAUUGCGUGAAAAGAAAAAAACACACUAUUGGAAAACGAUAAAAAAUGGAAAAAAUAAAAAGUUUUUAAUAACA